UUUUCCGUAUCCGUUCGUCUGUCUGACUGACAAUCUGACAAAUAAAUUCUUUUCAAUACAAAAAUGGCUGCUGUGCAACCAAAUCCAAAUUUUGCAAAAAUGAUUUCGGCGCAGCUUCGAAAUAAAGCAACCCAUAACAAUCUUGCCGACAUACUGGAGAUGUUUGAGGCUGAGACGGACAAUUAUACGCCCUUACUGCUUACUGUAGAAGUGAUAUUUACAAAACUAUUGCGAAGAGGCGAACUGCUAGAGGGAAUAGUUCCCCUAAAACCAGCAGACAACAGUCCCGAAGCACAGUACAAACGAUGGCUGCGCGAGUGCUUCGAGGCGGCUCAGACCCGUAUCCUGGAGUGCAUCCGCCGCGGCCGCAUGAGCUCCCGGCUGCAGGCUCUAGUCACUGCUUGCAAGCUCAUGCAGGCUGAAGGCAAGCACCCUUUGGAGGGUUCCUCUGGAUUUUAUUUCCCAUCAGUCAGGCUCAAGAACAUAUUCAAUGUAUUGCUGGACCCUGAAAUAUCAAUGUCGGCGCCGAUCGCUCGCUUCCAAGAAUUUACUGAGUACAAGGAUGUACAGCAGUAUGGCCUGAAAGUACUCUCCACAAUCGCUUAUCGCAAAUCACCAACAUCAAUAUACAUGCAGAACUACUUGGAGCUACUUGACAAACUGCUGAUAUGUGAGAUACCCACAGAGACCAAAAUCAAGGGUAAAGAGAGGGACGGAGAAGAGAAAGAAGAGAAGCUUCUGUGUGGCACUGAAGACAAGGCCCCGUUCCCGUACAACCCAGGCGUGUGCCGGCGCUACGCCAACCGCUGCUGGGGCUUCGCGUGUCAGUGGCCGCUGUGCCAGGACUCCCGCACGCACCGCCGCGCGCUGCUACUGCUCGUCGAGCGACUCAUGCCACUGCUGAACCGACCACAUCUCGCCACUGAUAUGCUCUGCGACAGUCUGGAUGCUGGUGGUCCCAUCAGCAUGUUGGCUCUGCAAGGUGUGUUGGAGCUGGUGCGGCGCCACAACAUCGACUACCCCGACAUGUACGACCGCCUGUACGCCAUGUUCGAGCCGGAGAUGUUCGCCACGCGGUACAAACGACGGCUCAUGCACCUCGCUGACAUCUUCCUCAGCUCCACCCACUUGCCAGAAAGUCUAGUAGCGGCGUUCGCGAAGCGUCUGUCUCGGCUAGCGCUGGUGGCGUCCCCCGAGGACGCGGUGGGACUGCUGCAGCUCGUCGCCAACUUGUUGCUGCGCCAUCCCGCGCUCAAGCGUAUGAUCUGCUAUGAAGAUACACCCGCUAUCAUGUCGAACGACCCGUACGUGAUGGAGGAGACGUGUGCGCGGUCGUCCCGCGCGCUGGGGUCGUCCCUGUGGGAGGUGUGGGCGCUGCGGCGCCACCCCGCGCCCGCGCUGGCCGCCGCCGCCGCCACCGUGCUGCAGCCCGCCACCGACCGCGCCGCGCCGCUCGCGCUCACCGCGCCCGACCUCGCCGCGAACUUCGACGCCGAACUGAAGAAGAGGUUCAAGACGAUAGAGAUGAAUUUCGUUCGGCCACAAGGCAUGACCACGCCGUCUGGCGAGCGAGUGAUGCAGUAUUGGGAGCUGAUGGCCUGAACCAACACGCAGUAAGGAUAACAACAUUGUUGACUCGCAUUUAUGUAUCACCCUACACGUGAGAGGACCACGCCGUCAAGCGGCACAGACCAAAUCAGUCGUGAUGUGAUUUGCUCUGCCCCCUACUUGCUCGGUCGGACCAAAUCCUGUCGCCUGUAGGUCUACAGUACACAUUGAUUUCCGUACAGGCCCCGUUGCUUGCGAAUUUAGAUGAUGUCAGAGUUGUAAGGAUAGAUAUGAAUAGAAUAGUGACUAUUAUUGCGUCUGUUAAUUAGAAGUAUUUUAUUAUUAUUAUAACUUUACAACUCUGUUGGCAUAAGCUUUCGAGACAUGUAUAUUUAUGUACUCUCCAGGACUAACCUCGUAUUAGGAAUGCACAGUUAAACAAAGAUUAUAUCGAUAGGACAUCACUUUGCAAACUUCCUGAAAUAGUGACAGUUGCCUACAUGAUUGCUAGUUUCAGAAUAAAAUAUUAAUAAAUAAAUAUAUUCGUCUUCCGGCAACCGUCGUCAAAAUUGCAUGAUCGACACAUACAUUGAUCAUUCAAUUUCGAUACAAGUGAUAUGGAGUACACGGGCAGUACCUAUAUAGCACUGCACUUUAUGUACACUCUGUAUGUCUCACUUAGUAUGUGAACAGAUCCAUACUAGGCCUAGCAGUGUAGCUGUUUUGUUGCUUACCACAUAUUUUACAAGUAAAUUGUUGAUAGUUAUAACUAAAAUGUAAGUAUAUACAUUAUACACCCUUUAUACAGUGUGUCUGUUUAAAACAAGGAUGCCGCAUUUGGUAACAUAUUGAAAGUAUUGCCAGUGAAAGCAACUCCACUUCCUAAAUACACAAGAUAUGAUAUAAUAGUAUAAAGUUUAUAAUUAUAAGGUUUUGAAUACAUUUUGCACUUGUAAUGUUAAAAUUUUAAUGUAGGUGAUGUUUGUUGUAGUUCUGUUACAAUUUUAUUUUUUUACGAAUGACUUGGAACGUCUGUGAUUGUUGGGCCGGGCGUCGGUAGCGAGCCACGUUUACAAGGUUAUUUAUUUAAAAGUAUAUAGUCAGUAAAGUAAGUGUAUAUCCGCGUGGGUAUAGAUAGACUAGCGCUAAUAGAGUGUCUACUCUUGUAGGAGAGGUGAAUAGUAAUCUUUAUGAAUAAGUAAAUUAUGUCUGAUAUUCUUUAUGUUUAAGUAUUAACUAACUUAUUGUGUAUAGUGUAACUUUACUAAAGGCUACUACCGACUCCCGGGUGCGCGUGGGCCGCUCGAGUGUGCUCUGCUGGCGCCGCGCAUAGGUUGUUAUAGAAUAGCUCGCGAAUGUCACGUGUCAGGGUGGACAAAUAGAGAUUUUAUCCCAAAAAUUAAGAUUGCCAUGACAAAAUGAAUGAAACUGGGUAAAAUAUCGUUUAAAUUAAAUAUCCCACAGAUAGUAAAUAUCGAUCGAUAUGAGUAUAGUCAAAAAUUAGCUCUAAAUAUUACAAUUAAAAGGAUAUCGAUCGAUUGAAGCUACAACCUUCAAGUUCUCUAAAAACAAACAGGGUGAAGUAACCGUGCCCCCCAACAGGGGUAGACAGUUACAUUGCAUAGUAUAUAUUUACACAAGUAGUAAAUUGUAUCACGUCUGACACGUGCAUUCUCGUGGAUCGCAGUGGUUGGUCCGUUAGGUAACGAACGUGCAUUGUCGCCGUCUUCCCGCACUAAUCUAUUAUAGUUUCAUUCCAAUACGAACUUCCUGAACUAAUUGUUGAACAUUUAUUAAUUAAGAAAUUUAUUUUUAUUUUUUUUUUUCUUCUGAAGCUGUUGUCUCUGUGUAGUGAAGUAAAUUGAGUUUAAAGUGAAAUAUAUGUUAUAUUGUUUGAAUUACGUUGAUUGAUUAGUAUUUAUUAAUCAGUAAGGGCUAAUUAAUUGUCUCUCCAGUAUAUUAUUUGAUAAAGAAAGCACCAAAAAUUAAUAUAAUGAUUAAAAAAUACGUUCAAUUUUUUUUUUUUUUUUUGUAACCGACUAAAGUUUUUCUUGGUAAUAUUAUUGUUAUUAAUCUGUAUAUUCCAAAAACAAAGAGGGUGUUAAGAGAAAUACACAAUAUACUUCAUUCUAGAGUAUAUUUUCCACUGACUUCACUACAAGAGAUAAACUACCAACCAAAUUGUCCUGUAUCACGUGUUGAUCAAGUUUGUAUCUGGUGACAGACAGACCGCCAUAUUUAUUUAAUUUUAUUGUUAUUAUUAGUUGAAUGAAGCCUCGCAGAUUGGGGCGCGGCUGGCCAUCCGAUAGUCUUGGACAGAUGGGCCAAUUUAUACAUGUAAUAUGAAAUUUAGGAAACUGUUAAAGCUCUGGUUUUGUACCAUACUGUUUUGUAUUUUAUUUCCUAAGCAGUAAAUGCUGGUUUCAUAUAGCAAACAUUUAAUUGGUAAUUAAACCGUCAGUCAAUAUGUUAAGUGUAUUUCUAAAUGUUUUCGAAAUGCUGUGGCGUACUUAUUGGCCAGUGAUUAUGAUUUUAUUAUAUAUACCUAUACAUGUAAGAUUAUACAUAGUGCAAUACUGUUCGGAACAUUUUGUACGUUUUUACAAUAUUCUAGUCUGGAUAAGGGACGCCGUGUGGCGCCACACAAUAUGUGUUUUUAAAUUAUCGCUGAAAAAAGUGUUUACAUGAUUUCAUAUUUAUUUCUAUCAUGUUUCACUGAAAAGAUAAAACACUCGAUAGUUAUUACUAUUACUUAUUAUAGGUUUGUGAAUGCGGUAAUUCUGUAUUCACUAAAAUAAAAGACUACUGUUGCUUCCAUUGAAUGACAGCGAAAUACUUCCAUAUAACAAAGUUCAAAACUUUUACCUCAACAAAAUUACAAAGUCAUGAAAUAUGCAAAAUUAUGUAAUUUCAUUAAUUUGUUAGUAUAUUACACAAAAUCUAGACGCGAUAGACAUACCUUCUUUGAAGAAUAUCGCCUUUCGUCUUGUUUAGUUCUAUAUGAAAUAUUUAUUGUUUAGCUGGGACAAAAAUUAUGUUGAUCAGUAUUAUAACGAACUCAUGUAACUAGUUUCAAGCAGCCUCGGUCUAAUAAUAUCGUUUAAGAGAAGGGUCCAGCCCAGUCUAAUCCAACCCUUCUUCUUAACUCUAAGUACGGCAUACCGACAUACCAAGUAUGCUGCGGACUUGGGGAAGUAGCAUCGUGAUUGUGAGCGAAGCGAACAAAAACAGAGACAUACUGAACUUAAUGUAAAAAGGACUUAGCUGCUAAAUAACGGCUGGCAGAGUAAGUGUCGACUAGCACGAGCAAUGCCGAUUCGUAAGUCCCAGGCAGAUUCCACAAAAAAUGUUUUUUUUUUUAAUCCCAGCUAAAACAAUAUUAUUUUUUUCAUAUGCAAAUUGAGUAUAUUCUUUGAAAAAACUGUAUGUCUAUCGUGUAUCUGUGUAUGUCUGUUUGUUUGUGCACUUCCCUAAAAUAGGAGGGUGGAAGUUUGUAUGGAUAAAAUAUUGGUAUGCGGAAUAUUCGCGAGUAUCAAAAAAUCGUACAUCAUUUUUAUUGUUAAUCUUCCCCAACUCCUUAUGCGCGCGAGCGAAGCUAGUAUAAUAUUAUUUAUUACAAAUAUACCAGUUGUAUAAUGAAUAUUCGCAGGAAUACUUCAAAUUAUGUUAAUUGUACUGUAUUAAGUAUUCACAACGUUAUUGUAAGAUUUGUAUCUUGUACACAGGAACCAAACCAGUUGUACUACAUUGUAAUCGUAGAUACUAACCCCACCAGUGAAUGUCUUAGAAUCUCGCUAAAAUAGCCCCUAUUACCACGGGGAUAAGGAGUUAGCCGCCGCGCCCGCCGCAUCUAUUGUGAUUAUGUUGAAACAAAAAUAUUAGACGUAAGUUAGGUUAAGUCAUUAUUUUAAUAUCAUUCAUUUAAUGUUCUAUUAUUAUAUUCAUGACGAUAAAUAAAGUAUUAUAAAAAUAUUAA